AUUUAUCGCCGUCGUUGUCUCUCUCACCGGACGUUGUUUUGUUUCCCUCCGGCGAUUUCAUCGGAGACCUUCACUCAUGGCCACAAGUAGGAGAUUAAGAGCAUUCAAGAGAUGGAUGCAAGCUAACGGCGUUGAUUGCAGCGAAGCUCUCAACCUCGUCGACGACGAAAACGAUGGUGUCUCUGUGAGAGCAUUCUGCGAUUUGAAGGAAGGAGAUGUUGUUGCCAAUAUCUCAAAAACUGCUUGUCUCACUAUCAAAACCAGUGGAGCUCGUGAGAUGAUCGAAUCUGCUGAUUUAGAUGGAAGUUUAGGUCUCUCUGUGGCUCUCAUGUACGAGAGAAGCUUAGGUGAAGAAUCUCCUUGGGCUGGUUAUCUUCAGAUUCUUCCUAUUCAAGAAGAUUUGCCUCUUGUUUGGUCUCUUGAAGACUUAGAUUCUCUCUUAUCUGGAACUGAGCUUCAUAAGUUGGUGAAGGAAGAUCAUGUUCUUAUAUAUGAGGAUUGGAAAGAAAACAUUUUGCCGCUUACCUCUUCACUGCCUCAGAAUGUUGAUUCUGAUUCGUUUGGAAUCAAAGAGUAUCUUGCUGCUAAGAGUUUAAUUGCUUCACGGUCUUUCGAAAUCGAUGAUUACCAUGGAUCCGGGAUGGUUCCUCUUGCAGACCUCUUUAAUCAUAAAACUGGGGCAGAAGACGUUCACUUCACUCAUGAAUCCGAUUCUGAAGCUGAUGAAUCUGACAACGAUGAUGCUGCAAAUGAGACCACUGAUGAAGACGAGCCUUCCAGUAAAAUUUCUUCCUCGCCUGAGCAGUCUUUUGAGGAAGUUCCUGGUGAAAACACUGAUGACGAAGCCAAAGAAGAAGAAGAAGAAGAAGAAGAAGAAGAAGAAGGAGAAGAAGAAGAAGAAGGAGAAGAGGAAGAAGAAAACUCUUCAAUGCUGCAAAAUGAUCAAUCCGGUCUAAAAAUGAUUAUGGUGAAGGAUGUCUCAGCUGGAGCUGAGGUAUUCAAUACAUACGGUUUGAUGGGUAAUGCUGCAUUACUCCACAGGUACGGAUUUACAGAGCUCGAUAAUCCAUAUGACAUAGUAAACAUAGAUCUAGAAUUAGUAACCGAAUGGAGCACAUCCUCAUUCACAAGCCGGUACACUCGAGCUAGACUGGCCUUGUGGAGAAAACUAGGUUACACAGGAUGCGAGAGUCAAAACUCAGAAUACUUUGAGGUAUCUUCAACCGGAGAACCCCAAACCGAGCUCCUGAUCCUACUCUAUAUACUGCUCUUACCAGACGACACAUACAAUAAACUGGAUCUAGCUGAAUCAACAACAGGAGCUUCUCCCUCGAAAGAAGGAAAAAGAUCUUCUUCUUACGAGAUAACAAUUGGGAAACACAAGUUUGUGUAUGGAGAAAGCGGAAAUGAUAUUCUUCUGACAGAUGGUGUUUGUGAAGCUCUUCUAACUAUUGUGGAUAAGCGAGAGAGUUUAUAUGGAUCAUUGAGCUCAUUGGAAGAUGACAUUGUUAGGGUGAAGACUUGUUGUCUUCCGAGAGACAGGAGACUAUAUCAUUCGCUUGUGUUGCGUGUGAGUGAGAGGAAGAUUCUAAAGAAGCUUAGGAGCUACAUCCAUACCCAGACCAAUGAGUCUUCCAGCGGAAAGCGCCGGAAGAAGAUGGUUCCAAAAUCCUAGCAACAUCUUUAGUUUGCUUGUUGAAUUUUCACUUUUCAUCCCCAAGUUACCAUUUUUAAACGACUUGUUCUACUAACAUUGAGUUUCAUCUAUAAUGGUGAUCGAAUCUUAGCAGAUUUGAUCGAUUCUUUUUUGUUCUAUUUAUAGAAAUUCUUG